AUGAACGGAGAUGAAGCGGGCGAGGGUUCUCUUAACAGCUCCGCGGAAAAGAAGCGAGAGGCGAAAGGGACCUGCCUGAAAAUCGAGGGUCAAGACGGAUACGUCUUUAAAUCUUACAGUAUGAAACCGCACGAGACUGCGGAUGCCAAAUCGUCUUGUUCGUCAAAAACACUGGAAAGCCAUCUUUCUUCUCAGGGCGACAAACAGUCGGACGCAGCGUCUCCGGCGCUUUUCGAAAACGAUCCGAACCAGCACAUCGAAGACGAAAGUCGGGAUACGAACGAUUUAGAGGAUGAAACGCAAGAUUUUGAAAGACUAGCAUUCGGGAGCUCGUUCGGCCCGUUCUUGAGUCGGGACGGCGACGACUAUAGCAAUUUAUUAAACGGCUAUACCAGCACUCUUUACGACGUGGCCAUGGACGCCGUCACGCAGAGCCUUUUGGCGUCGAUGCGAAAUCAAAGCAACCCCAGGAAAAAAUCUCCCGCGUGGAAUCAUUUCUGCAUAUCACCCAGAGACAAUACCAAAGCCAUCUGUUUAUACUGCAUGAAAGAGUUCAGCCGAGGUAAAAACGAGAAAGAUCUCAGCACGAGUUGUCUGAUGAGGCACGUACGAAGGGCUCACCCGACGAUGCUUUUCCAAGAAGGCGCGGAUGCGCCGACGCCGAGUACUUUAGCUUCCUCCUCGAUCAGUCCGAAUUCGCCAAAAAACGGAGAGUUAAUCUAUCCCGGCUCGAAAACCACUUCCCCGUCCACAUCCUCUGCGGAAAAUUCCGACCCUUCGUCCAAAGAACCGUUGUCCAAAGUCGAACCAAAACUGGAAGCGUUCGCUAAUACCGACUCCAUCUACGACGCGCUGGAAUCUUCGCAUUCCAACCUUGAAGAGAUCUCCGAUGGAGGUCCCGAUCGCUUUCGCGGCAACUCUAAAAGCUCCAGUUCCCGCCGCAGAUCGGCCGUUUGGAAACACUUCUACCUUUCGCCGAUGGACAAUUCCAAAGCUGUUUGCGUCCACUGCAUGAACGAAUUCAGCAGAGGGAAAAACGGGAAAGAUCUCGGGACGAGCUGUCUCAUCCGGCACAUGUGGAGGGCUCAUAAAGAGGUCGUCAUUGAGGAAAACGGACUUGGCAAUCACAUUCCGCCACCUUAUUCCAACCCGCCAUCGCUGUUGUCCCGCGAUCUGCCAUGCCUCAAAAAAGAAUCUCCUCUUCUACCAUCUUCACCAGAAACGAUACCCGACGAAGUACCGCAGACCGUUGCGGAAAACCUGGACAUCAAGGAGGAAACCGACGAAGCCAUGCUUCUGGACUCCUCGCACGGCGAGGACACGCCCUCAACUUCCUCACCGUGCGAUCCCGCCGAAGUUCCCAACCAGAAUCACGUCAUUUUUGAGCAAAACCGAAAGAUCAUGAAACGGGUGAAAUCCGAAGUUUGGCAACAUUUCAUCGUGUCGCCAGUCGACCAGUUAAAAGCACUGUGCCGUUACUGUCCGUGCGUGAUCAGUCGAGGAAAACGGGGAGACUUCGGUACCAGUUGUCUGAUGAGGCACCUCGUGAGGCGCCACCCGGAUGUCCUCCAGAACCAAAAAGUCACAGAUUACAAAGAGCCCUCCCCUCCCUACGUUACUCCGGAAGUCGUUUCCGCCAAAGAAACCCAAAGCCCGGCCGCCAAGAAAACAGUUUUCAGCAAAAAGACGUCCAAACUGUGGAACCACUUCUCAAUUUCUCCCGCCGACCCCACCAAGGUGGUCUGUUUGCACUGUAGUCGCACGAUUAGCCGAGGCAAAAAGACCACGAACCUCGGCACCAGCUGCCUCUUCAGACACAUGCAGAGAUUUCACGGACAAUUUCUCGAAAGCAACAACUCAGGUCAAGCGCCCUCUGCUGGAGUUCGGGUCAAACAAGAACUCGUGUCGGCUUACAAAACUGAGAACCGCCACGGGAGGUUUGACGAACACAAAAAAAUUACCAAACUCAUCGCCGAAAUGCUUGCGCUGGAUCUUCAACCGUCGGCGAUGGUGGAGAACGCCGGAUUGAGUCGACUUCUCGAGUACUUCCAGCCCGAGUAUUGCUUACCGCCUUCUUCUUACUUCACCGGAACUGCAAUUCCGGAGAUGUAUGAAAAGGUGAGGGACGUCGUGCUGACGCAUUUGAAAGAAGCCGAGGGUGGAGUUGUCCAUUUCACCACAAGCAUUUGGGUCAGCAGCCAGACAAAGGAAUACUUGACCCUAACAGCUCACUGGGCGACAUACGAGUCCAACGUCAGACCUCAGGGUCAGGACUUCCACUGUUCGGCUCUUCUCAGCGUCUCCCAAAUAGACUGUGAUCAAAAUAUGCACGACAUCCCCAAGCAGCUGGAGUAUCUCUGGGAUUCUUGGAUCACAUCUCCGGGACUGAAACGAGGGUUCACAGUGACUGAUAACGCCACCAUAAGAAACAACCUGGAAGACCACAGCCAAGUGACUGUGCAAUGUUUCGGCCACACCAUCGACCUCAUUGUUAGCGAAGCCAUAAAAAGCCAGAGGAUGGUUCAGAACCUUCUGAGCAUCGCUCGGAAAAUCUGCGAACGAGUGCACCGUUCGCCCAAAGCUAAGGAGAAGCUGGUGGAACUCCAGAGGGACCACCAGCUUCCAGAAAACCAGCUCAUUCAGGACAUCCCUUCCAAAUGGAGAACUUCCUUCCUCAUGCUGGAGCGGCUGGUGGAGCAAAAGAAAGCCAUUGACGAGCUGUCAAUCGAGUGCAACUUCAGGGAAAUCAUCAGCUGCGACCAGUGGGAAGUGAUGCAGUCCGUCUGCAACGCGCUGAAACCUUUCGAGGUGGCCUACCGGGAAAUCCGCAACCGCACCGCCACCUUGGGUCAAGUCAUCCCGCUCAUUCACAUCCUGAACCGAAAGAUCGACUUGCUCUUCGACGAGACGGUUGGGAUAGACAACAUGCUCAUCUCUCUGAAAGAAGCCACCGUGAGCAGAAUGUCCGCCACGCUCAACGACCCACGUUUCACUUGGUCCACCAUGCUGGACCCUCGCUACAAGACCUCCUUAUUCACCGAGGAAGAAGCGGAACGGUGGAAGCGAGACCUGAUCCAGGAGCUGGACCUGUUCUCCUCUACCUCCACGGAAAAAUCCCCGCUGCCCAACGGCGCCGCUGUUUCAGCCAACGACAACAUCUGGUCUCUCAUGGUGGACUUGAGGCAAAAACAGGAGAAACCAAAGUCCUCCGAACUGGCCGUGCUGGAGUACCUCGAGGAGGAUAUCCUCGAUCAAAGCUGUGACCCACUGGACUACUGGAACUUGAAGAAGUUCCUGUGGCCCGAGCUAGCCAAAGUAGCCGCCCGCUACGUGGGAUGCCCACCUAGCAUCGUCCCGGCCGAGGCGUUGUUCAGCAACUGCGCUCUGAACCAUCCGAGGCCUUCACUGGAAAACUUGGAGGGUCUUCUCUUCCUCAAGGUCAACCUCCCGCUCAUUUUUUUUCAAUACUGA